AACUGUUGUGCACAUGGGGAUUCAGCAUAAUACCAAGCAAGUAUCAUUUUUUACUUGCUGGACUCAAGUGGUGACUAUGAAGGUAGCCCUAGCAAUCAACAGACAUGGAAUGAUGCAGAGUUGGUCCUUGGACAUCACCAAUCUUCCAGAGAAUUACUAUGAGGUUCUGGUCAUUGACCUCAGCUGUCCAGGAGCAGAACACCUCCUGAUCUUGGCAUCUCAUGUGCGCAAGUUUACUCUGAGAAAUAUCUGGCUUCUGUUUGAUUUCUCCUUGGCAAAUAAUACCAGUGGAGUGUUAGAUGCUGCUCUACUAGAACAUCUCCCUUGGUUCAACAACUUGAACAUUCUUCCUGAUAGCAAGGUCUUUCUUGCCAUUAGUGAGGAAUGGGAGCUAGUGUCAGUGUACAGGAUGGGUAGGGGUCGUCCUAUGUUGACCACAGCCAUAGGGACAGAUAGAAGUAACUUGGAAGGCACCAAGCUGAUAGGCUCCACUGUUCUAUUCCACCCAGAGCUGUUCAGAGGGUUUUACAGUGACUACAUGCCUGAUGUGGACACUUGGCCCAAACUACACUACCCUGUUGUGAUUAAUCUGGCCCAUCAACUCAACUUUGACCUGGAGCUUUGGGCCGUGGAUGACUACGGGUGGGAGACCAAUGGAUCCUUCACCGGUCUGAUGGGCCAACUGCAGCGUAGGGACAUAGACUUUGCUGCCACUGGUUUCUUCAUGAGAGCAGAUAGGAUACGCGUCGUUGACUUUACUGCGGAGACCUAUCACAUAAGAACUACAAUCAUGUUCCGCCAGCCAUCACUAUCCAGUGUCAGCAACAUCUUUCUGCUGCCUUUUGCUACGGAUGUCUGGGUCUGCUGCUUUACCUACUGCAUUUUAGUAAUCUUCAUAUUCUCCAUUGAGAUAGUUGCGAGCCGCCACUUUGGUGGAGGUCCUCCAAUGAUGGGCAACACAGGCUUCAUGGACAUUGUCACCUUGGUUCUGGGCUGUGUGUGCCAGCAAGGUUCACAUAUAAUCCCAGAGAAGAUGAGUGGCCGAGUGACGUUGUUCUUCCUCUCCCUUACUUCCUUAUUCUUCUUCACCUCGUACUCGGCCAACAUAGUGGCUCUGCUCCAGUCUCCUAGCUCAGCACUGGCCACCCUCACUGACCUAGUCAACAGUCCUCUCUUCAUUGGCAUUCAGGAUCUCCAAUACAACCGGAUUUAUUUCAAGGAAAGCAAUGAUCCUGCUACUCGCAUGCUGUAUGAGAAGAAAGUGAAACCUUUUGGACAAACUGCUUAUUAUAAACCUGAAGAGGGGAUCCGGAAAGUCAGAAAAGAUUUAUUUGCUUUCAAUGUGGAGACUAACCUGGGCUACAAGAUGAUAAGUGAGACAUUUCUGGAGACAGAGAAAUGUGCCUUGAGUGAACUUCAGCUGUUUCCCAUGCCAAUGUUGGCAAUACCUCUCACAAAACGUUCAGGCUAUCGCGAGCUAUUCGCUCAAAAAGUGCGUUGGCAGCGUGAGACUGGUAUCCUACAUCGGCAUGGCAAGCUGUGGCUGCCUCAGCGACCUCAGUGUGAAGAUGUGCGAGGAGGUACAGGCUUUGUCAGUGUGGGACUCAAGGAGUUCCUACCUGCUCUCAAAGUACUCUCCUACGGCUUGACCUUGGCCUUUGUGGUGAUGAUUCUUGAGAUACUUUAUCACUACAGAAAGAAGAUUUUGCUAGCAGGAAAGGUUUAGUAAACUAACAUGGUGUAAGAAGCAUAACUCUAUUGUUACACCUGUGUAGUUCUCAUUGUAAUCAUAGUUCACACAAUUAAUAAAAAUAAUUAAUGCUUAGUAGAUAGAAAUUAGUAAUACGAUCCUGUUUGGAAAGAAUGGUAAAAA